UGGGUUAAGUGAAUUGCAUUCCAGGUUUUAAAUUUAGAUAUUUGCAUAAUUUGUAUAUUCUGCCAGGUUCUAACACUGAUGGAAGCAGCUGGAGUGAAACCAGAUGUUGUAACAUACAGUCAUCAGAUGAAUGCCUGGGGUGCAAAGGGUAUCAUGACUAAAUGCAUGGAUAUUUUUCAUGAAAUGUUGCAACUAGGAAUUGCUCCUGAUGCUCAGGUUUAUAGCAUUCUUGCUAAAGGAUAUGUUAGAGCAAGGGAACCUGAUAAAGCAGAAGCCCUUCUAACAAAAAUGGAAGAAUUUGGAGUUCAGCCCAAUGUUAUAACCUUCACAACAAUCAUCAGUGGUUGGUGUAGCGCCGCCAGAAUGGAUAAUGCAAUGCGAGUUUUUGCGAAAAUGCGCGAACACGGAGUCUCUCCCAACAUCAAAACAUUUGAAACACUUAUAUGGGGUUAUGGAGAGCUGAAGCAGCCAUGGAAAGCAGAAGAAAUGCUUAAGAUGAUGAGAGAAGUUGGAGUAAAGCCAAAAAUUAACAGUGUUAGUCUUGUUGCAGAAGCCUGGAAGGCUGUUGGAUUGCAAAAUGAGGCAAGCAGAAUAUUGACAUCCUUUGAUGAUCUUAGUUCCAGUCCAGAAUUAAGAUUUUCAAUUGAUAGUCUAUCCAAGAACUCUGAAGUAGUUCAUCAGAAACAGAGUUUGGGUACAUUAAAUGAAAGAGAUGAGGGUACUGAAACAUAUGGGAGGAAAAUUUCGAUUAAAGAUGGCAUGCGAGGUACUAUGCGGUCAGUUUGUCAAGCUCUUCCUCAUAGGCCUGGAUUUAAGGUUCCAGUUAUUUGCAGAAAACAGUGUCAGAUUCAGCUUGGGAUUUAUGGACCGUUGGUAAAUUCCUGCAGACUGGUCUUCUUCAACUGAGUGAAGUGAAUGCCAUGCUUUUCAAUGAACAUAGCAGAAAGUGUGUCCUUGUUUUUUUUUUUUUUUUUUGCUUUAAUGCCUUGUUCAUCUAUUUGCAUGUGCAGUUGGCAUUGUAUUAUAUGAAUGGUUUACAUUAUGAAGGAAAGAUUAUUCUGUGUACUUCACCAUGUGAAGUCUUCAGAUCACCAGUUGAUUUUCCAUGGAAAAUAUAUAAUUUGAGGAGCAAAACUAGAUAUAAAUGUGUUUGAGAAAAAUUAUUAUGAA